AGCGCAAACUCUGGGUAGCCAUUUUGUCCUCCGAGAAAGGUAGCCAUUUUUCAUCGGUCUAGCUCGCGUCGUGAAGUUCGGUCACGUAGCUCCGCAUAUUGUUUGAUUGCAGGCGCUUUACAUAUUAGGCAGAUUAAUUAAAGUGUUUUAAAACGUUAUUACUCGCUUGUGGAUAAGUGGCAACUCGGGGAAUCCAUCAAAAUGAGUGGAUACGCACGUCCGCCUCCGAGAAUAGAUGGAAUGAUUUCACUGAAGGUCGACAACUUAACCUACCGCACAACACCGGAUGAUUUGAGACGGGUGUUUGAACGUUGCGGAGAAGUCGGAGAUAUUUACAUUCCCCGCGAUCGACACACGCGUGAAAGCCGUGGCUUUGCCUUCGUCCGAUUCUAUGACAAGCGUGAUGCCGAAGACGCACUAGACGCCAUGGACGGACGCAUGUUGGACGGUAGGGAGCUCCGCGUCCAAAUGGCUCGUUACGGGCGGCCAACUUCUCCACAGCGUCGCGGAAACCGAUACAACGGUCGUGAACGGGGACGCUCCCGUGAACGCCACCGUCGCCGCUCUCGGUCUCGCAGUCCCGAGCAUCGGCGCCGUUCGUACUCUCGCUCUAAGUCCCGUACACCGCGCUCCCGAUCGGGCAGUAAAUCAUCUCGCGGCAAGGAUUCCCGCUCUCGCAGCCCUGCCGAACGUGGACACUACUAGUGAGACGAUGUGUAAAUUUUAUUAAGAUCAUCCAUCUACAAUCGUUGUGAGAUGGGAAUAUUUUUUUGAUUCUGACGACACACGUCCACUGGAUAGGAACCAGGUAACACAUUGAAGCCCAUUAUUUGUUUGUUUCCCUCUUACCUGUCCCUUCGCGAACUCAAUUCGUUGGUCUACGUUUUUGUAUUGGUAUAAGUACCCUGCACAGUGGUUUGCUACACAUGCGAACCACAUCUGAUAUAGCCGUAGUGUAGCGUACGUAUGGCUUCGUUGAAAUUCAUGACCAACUGAGAACCUCUCAAACCUUCCUGAUGUAUUCGUAACCCAAUUUCCCUUCAGAAUUUCGGCCAUCAUACCAAAGCCUCACUUUCUUUAAAAAAAAACAAAACGAACGCUCAUUCUCAGUGCGGUGUUGAAUGUAGGAACGCUACGGUUGAAGUUGGGAAACUUUUACAUAAGUCGUUCUGAAUCGGAUUGCCACGGCCGUAUGUGGUUCCGCCUCAAACGGGCAUAUGAUGCAUCGGAAUACGUCCGAUUGCUGGAAGAUCUUCUUCUCGCGGUUUAAAUCUUCACUAAAACAGUUUCGCUUUAUGUUUUAUGUUUUUAUUUUUCGUUCGUAUUAGUAACAACGACCCGAACAUAUUCGGUACGCUUUUUUCGCGCUGACACACUUGUGUGCAGCCUUUUUUGAGCCCUUGCUUUUUGUUCUGUUUGUUUGAUUCAAUUUAUACUAAUCGAUGUCGAACGCGCACGGUUGCAAUGGCCGCGCGAACAAUACACCCAACACAGUAUCAAUCUGUUUAGCCCACCAGUACCGUUAGCUCGUACUAAAUGAACUACCUGUUUCACCAUAUAGGGCAACUUGCGGGUUUGCAGCUGCUGCCUCCCAGCGCAGAAUUGCCCCAUCCGGUAACUGCUUUCCAUUCCUGAGUGUCUUCUGCAAAACGCUGUCGCCUUUUUGCAUCUAGUUUUCGCUGGGCAAGACAAGACACACACAUUCUCUCUCUCUCUGUCUGAUAGAGUGGAGCGGAAAGGCGAACGUGCGUGUGGAUGAAGGAGGAGAGGCAGCGAACGCGGAGAACGUUGCUGCGAGAUCAAUCUGCCGCCAGUCAGUGUCCCGUUCGUCACCGCGUUCUGCUGUGAGCCAGUUUGAGCGAGGGGAUAUGUAUGCAGGCAGGUGUUGCGGCGUAGAUGUUGAUCCUUGAGCUGCAACCCUUCACGAACCGAAUGCUUGCCGUGCUGUGGUGGCGUUAAGGAGUAUCGGGGUUAUUCCGUACCCGGCGGCCGGUAAAAUGGUGAUGCAGCGCGCUGGUGAUGCUGGAGAAGUGGCCCGGCGUCCAGACGAUCGUCCGCUACUUGCCCGUGGGAACGUUAGGAAAAAAGAGACAAAAGUUCCGAAUCAUCCAUCCGCUUCGACAGCAGGUAGAUCUUGUUCGGAUAGAAGAGCGAAGGCGGAGUGUGGUCCAUUUGCAGGCAGGCGGUUUCCGGUUUAUCCUGUCCCGGUGCUGCCUCAAUGCUCUCGGAUCGCUGCUUUUAUCGGCCGCCGAAUGGAGAAGCGAUAGGCGGAAGAAGACGUGGCAUGUGUGUCGUCGGCUUCUGUUCCGGCCGCGGGUUUCCGGUUUCGGUGCGAUGCUGGAGGGGACCGCUGCUGCAUCUGGGUGGCGUUGGCGGUGUUCUAGAUGCUGCUGCUGCUGGUCCUGAACUGGCGUGAGAAGACUGUUGGUGUGCUUGUGCUCCGUCCGUCCAGAAAAUCCGUCCUGUUUCGUCUGUGGCGAACGUGAUUUCUUCGUGUUCUGCGUGUCUUUCUUCUCUUCUUCUUUUCUUCCAGCUGAAGUAGUGUGUGUGUGUGUGUGGAUGUGUGGAUGUGUGUGUAUGACUAUCCUUUUCCUCAAUUUCCAAGAAUCCCUUACUUCUACUCUCUAGUAGAUGCUGUUAUUGUGUUACUUUUAGUUUUGUUUUUUUUAUUGUUUCGCCACUGCUUAUCUCUUUCUGUACGUUUGUACAUCUCUGUAACAUAACACUACAAUGUUGGAUCCCGCUUUCGAGGUUCCAAACGACAAGCAUGCACACACACGUUAACACUUACACAUAACUAUAUUGUACCAUAGAGCUUUUAACAGUGUUACCUUACAUGUCUGUCCCGUCUUGCGGUGUUGGAGAUGCCCCUCCAAAUACGGAGAAGCUUCACCUAAACUGAUUAGUAACGACGGAUCUGGACCGAGACGUGUAUAUGUUUGCCGUUUGCUGAUAUCUUCUUUAAGAACUUGCACGGCAACGCGAUCAAAUACGGCUGGGUGAGGAUGGAGAUCAUUGCAUGGAAAACCGCAUCGAGCCACGGCUGUGUGUGUGUGUGUGUUGGCGAUUCUUUGGAGCUCACACUUCUGCUGGUUGCGCGAGCUGAUAAAAGCAGCACAAGAGAGGAAAGCCUGCUAGUUUUGGGGGCCUUUAGAGUAAAGUAUGGGCAGACGACAACGCCGCUGUAGCAGUGUAAAAGCAGCAGCAGUAGCAGCGACAGUAGCAGAUCAUAAGCACGAUCGCAUUUUGUAGCAUCUCGAGCAGCUGUGCGAGCGACCGUGUAGGAAACGGCCUAACGUGUUAGGCACAACUAAACUCGACGUACAAGAUCUUUGAAGAUCGAAGCAGAGAGGGGUAAUGCACGCACCAGCGGCGACGCGAUUCCUACACAACACACUUCGGUGGAGAGCACACAACAAACAGCAAUGUGUCUCUGAACAAUAGUUGUACUGUUGUUGUGCUCUUGUUUUCAUCGGUUCGUGCCGCCAUCAGUAACUGCACGGGCAGCUCUAUAUUGCGUGACACAUCGUGUAUAAGCUGUUUAUACUGCGGCACAGCUACUGAUUUCCAGCGCAGAGCAGAAGAAGGUGGUUGGAUAGCAGAGAAAGGAGAUGGAAUUGGAUGGAGGGUGAUGAACAGAUCAAAACGCGUUUUCAACGAGCCACUCGUGAAAACAGUCACGUCCUGCUGGACAGGCUGGCCGGCGGUUAAGUUCUGGACAUUAUUUCGGAUGUUACAUUUUUCUCUUCGUUUAGCUGUACAAUUACUUCUUAUCUUCCCCCUGUUCGGCGUGUCGACGAGCAAUGCUGAAUGAACCAGUUAGAACAAUUCCCAACAGUAUGCAGUUUUAUGUUUUUGCAGAUUGAACACACAACUAAUACAAAUAAUUGACAACCGCGCAACAAUCAACAUGAGAGACACAACGUUAUCCGCGUACACGAGAGUGUGUGUGUACCAUUCCCAACUCUUCGACCGACGGAAGCGCUCUUCAUUUCUGCUUGGAACAACAGGAUACGACCAUUUAACAACACACACUCACUGGGGACAAUGCGUGUAACUAACUUCGUAAGGUUGGGUGCGUAUAAUAGGGAAUAGUACUGUAAUAAGAGCGAAUUUGGUUUGAAUCUUGCGUGUUUGCGUAAAAACAGAAAAAAAGAAUUAAAUGAGUGAAUUGCGGUACACCACUGCAGAGUGUGCAGAAGGAGCUAACGUUUCAAUUUCAAUCGUUUUGCAUCGUUCUCUCAAGUAUCAAUUGUACGCAUAGUUGAAUUGCAUACCAACUAAGAUAGGAGAGCGAGUAUCUUCGUCGUGACAAAAGUGAAGCGAAAUCAACACAGUUCGGCGGUGUAAUACUAGUUAAAUUCCACGGCAUUUUCGUACACCUGUAUUCCCUUCCCUCGGUGGCCACUCAUCAACGUCGGCUGGAGCUGUGUUUUACUUACUUUCUUUAGCAACAUUAUUACACAUUAUCAGAAAACUGUAGCAGCGCAUGCAAGCAAGCAGAGAAAACGGUCACGGUAAGUGCAGAAUAUGUAUUGUUUGGUGGCCGCCCUGGGAAUGGAAUGGUGUUUUAAUAUACUUACGUUUUUGUAAAUUUCCAUCAGCUUUAUGUCUUUCAAUAUAGUUCUUGAUAACAAGAAGCAACAGCAGAGAGAGAGGGAGAGAUCAUAUUUAAGCAGUAAAUUCGUACAGAUUGUACCUUACAAAGCCAGCGGCAGACGGCUGCUUUUAUAUUUUCUAGGGGCUGCGGGAAUGUGUGCUUAUGGCUUUUAUAAACACACACAUACACUCGGUUCAAAGCAAGAAUUGUGCACUGUUUUAUAAUUCAAAGCAACUAACGAAGGCAAAAACACUCGUGCCAAUGGUUUUGAAGAUAUCGGCCGAUAAAAAGGGGAACUUUACUGUACUUUUUCGCGUAUAUAUUUCACAAUCCAUAAGUUCUGAGAAUUGCUCUUAGAACAGAAACGGUUGUGUUUAGUCCGCAAAAUGUACGAUGAUUCAAGGACACCCAUGGCGGUUAGGGUUAGUUUUUCAGAAGUAAAGCUCUAAUUAUGAUUUAAAAAGACGCGAUUGGCGACGAGUAAAGAUUUUCGAAAAUAAAACGCUUUCAUUUUCAAUCCGCUCUGUUAUCUGUAGUAGUGCUAAUUGUAGCGGUUCACAUUGAGUUGUGCCCUGAGCACGACACCCUAUGUGGCCAGGUAUAUAUAAAAUGAUCAAAUAAAGAUAAACGACAACUCUA